AUGUACCCUAUCUACUUCAUCGAAAGCCUAGAUCAACCCAACGGGUUCUAUAGAGCCGUAGAGGAGGAAAUCCAGAAACUCCCUUCCAACUACAUAACCCAUGAAACAUACACCGUUGCAGCCAACCAAAAAGCGUGGACUGUGACUGGUCUUCUUUUGAAAAACGUUGAUGUCGUUGAAGAUACUACUUCUCUUGAGCAGGCCAGAAAAAAAGAGGGAGUUUUCAACUUCGGACUGGGUCCAUAUGUGUACGAUGGUAAGCCGAGAAUAGUAUUUUCAUUACUACGUCGAGAACAGCUUCAUUAUGACCCACUUUAUCCAAAACAGAAUACUCAGAAGACCAUUUUGGGGACACGUUGUGUCCAUAUUGGUGAUUUGAGAAUUCCGCUUGAAUAUGCUGUUUCACAAAUGCUGCUAUCCAGGUACCGAAAGAGUCUGAAACCACAAAAGGCUGUGAAGAGCGAAAAUCCCAUUUUCCUUCUGCUACUGUCGUACUACAAAUCAAAUAAGCUGUGGUGUAUUCCACAUUCCAGAAUCGUGACUGCUGGAGCUUCGUUGCCAGAUUUUUUGCUGCUCAAAUUGUACCAAAAUGAGCCUUUCUUCUGCCGCUGUCAGGAGAACUUUGAUGUCAAGUAUGUCAAAGUGGUUCUAGAAGAACACAUCUGGUGCAAGGUGCUAUCCAAGGUAGGCUUCAAAGUCCAGGAGGAAGUGAGAGAAGCUACUCUCAGAGAUGAAGAGAUAUACUUUACUUUUAGGAGUCCUUUUAAGUUUGAUGGAUCCCGGUUCAGUACCAGUAUUAAUGAUAAAGUUUUCGAGUGCAACCUCCCCAAUAUCGGUCCUUCUUUCAUAUCCGAUGACUGUGCCAGAACAUACACACUUCGAACAGAAUUGACGUUUCAUUGUACAGCAGGAAAGUGCUCCUCGACCUUGUCCACCCGGAUAAACUUGGAUGUUGCUAUUGAGGAUAACAUUUCAACAAUCAAGCCGUUGAAACAGCCCCAAAGAGUGCAAACCCUCCUUUUUUUCGAUGAAAUACCCAUGACGCCGAACAUUUUACAGAAUGUUGCUAGUUGCACAGCCUUAAGAACCAUAAAUGUAACACACUGCAUGGGUCACCAAACCUGUUCGUUAUACCGUGAAAACCAUGUUGUGGCCGUCACAGCUGUUUCUCUUUCAGAAUACCACAAAACACUGAACAGGCUUCUUUCGUGCAAAUCAACAAAAACCGAAAUGAGAGAGUAUGCCAUGGUCAAGAGGCAGCGGGAUUGGGCCUUGGUGGAAAACAUAAACGGUCACCACAUCGACACAAAUCUCCAGUUCCACGUUCAAGGUUUUCUUAGGUUUUGGCAUCCUUACGGACGCAAUUUUUAUCACACAAGCUGUGGGGUCGCCUUGAAGUCAUAUUAUGUCGACAGCGGAGUUGCAUACCCAGGCUUGGACCUUGAUAACUUUGGAACAUUCAAGGUGACCGUCCCUGAAAAUCAAAAAUUCAAGCUUAUCGGCUUAAGAGUCGAGCUUCUUCAAAAGAAAAUUCGGGUACUUCCUGGAGGUUUGCACGAUGUCAAAACCAAGUGUUUCAAAAUAAAAAAGCACACGCCACAAUUGUGCUUUUAUGAUUCAGGAACCACAACGAUAGAUGGGCUGAGAUACAGGUGCAAGAUCCCCAAUGUCGAGCCCACUAUUCUCUCCAAUGGCCUAAAUAUCACAUAUGAGCUUUUCGUUUGCGUGAAGCUCGAAAGCACAACAGAGCCCCUUGCCACCAUCUGGGGCGAGGCCUGGCCCUUCCAGGGCAUCAACACGUUUGCCCACCUCCCUAAUCACCACUGUUUGGCGGAUCGGGAUCUCCAGUACGACGUUGCACUUGUGGGUGUUCCUUUCGAUACGGCUGUUUCGUACCGCCCAGGCGCCCGUUUCGGGCCAAGGGCGAUCCGUGCCGCGUCACAAAGGCAAACAUCCCUUCGGGGCUUCAACCCUAGGGCCUUGUACAACCCUUACAAGGAAUGGGCCUCUGUGGUGGAUUGUGGAGACAUUCCCGUUAGUCCCAUGGACAACAGCCUUGCCUUCGAGCAGAUGACCGUGGGGUUCGAGGAGCUCCUUUUCGAGCACUCCAGGGAGAGGCCUCCUCGGUACAUUGCCUUGGGCGGCGACCAUCUGGUGCUUUUGCCGCACGUAAGAGCCCUCCACAAGCUCUAUGGGCCCCUUAACAUCAUCCACUUUGACGCCCAUCUUGACACGUGGAAGCCCGACAAGUACCCCAGCUAUUGGCACACGGAGACGCUGGAGGUGUCGCACGGGCUGAUGCUCUGGAAAGCGUACGAGGAAGGCUUGACCACGAAAAACAACGUCCACGCGGGUCUUCGAACCAAGCUUUCGGGAGCUGAGGACUGGGAGGACGACGACGAGCAGGGCUGGUUGCGUCUUUCUGCAGACGACGUCUGGAUCCACGGCGCCGACUAUAUCGUGAAGCAGAUCCUCAAACGGGUGCCCAAGAACUCGCCCACGUACAUUUCCGUGGACAUUGACGUUUUGGACCCAGCCUUUGCCUCUGGCACCGGCACGCAGGAGCCUGGCGGAUGGUUGCCCCGUGAGUUGAUCCACAUUCUCAGAGGUAUUGAGCAGCUUCUGAUUGUGGGAGCAGAUGUGGUUGAGGUGAGCCCCGCCUACGACCAUGCGGAGGUGACGGCCACCAACGGCGCCCAGGUGGCCUACGAGUUGAUCACGUCGAUGGUGAAAAACGGGCCUUUGACGUUGCCCUUCUCUGAGGGCCUCAAGGCCGAGUACAAGCGUUCGCAGCCAGCGUCGUCGUUUGAGGCGGUGGAGGAGUUCGUGGGCUACGGCGAGGAGGACAUUCAGGUCGUUUUGCAGAAGAGAGCCGAGGAGCUCGAGAAGUCGUUGGAGGAGGUGAAGGAGUUGCAGAAGCUGGCGAGCCAGUGA